AUGAUUUUGCGCAUCCACAAAUGCACCAUUUGCCAGCUUAAUAACCCUAGUGAGCUAGAAAUGUUAAUAGUCACUAUUGUUCCUAAAUACUCUCACUUCUCUGAAAUCGACUGCAGAACUGAUGACUGGCAUUUUGCAUCCCUGAAAAUGAACAUCUACCUUCAUUAUUUAGUGGCUGCAGAGAGGAUACACAGAGAGGUCCAGGAUUACUAUGGCAAAGAGUUGAAGAAAACAGAGGAUCUAAAAACCAAUGCCUGCUUUACUUUAGCAAGACCUUUGCCCACGUUUAUCACAGAUGCCCUGCAAUGCGUGCAUGAGGAAGUUUUAGCAAAGUACUAUGGUUGUGGCCUGGUGAUCCCAGAAUGCCUAGAAGACUUGAUUUUGGAUUUGGGCAGUGGGAGUGGCAGAGACUGUUAUAUGCUUAGUAAGAUGAUUGGGGAGAAUGGACAUGUCACGGUAGACAUGACUGAAUCCCAGGUAAAAGUGGCAAAGAAGCAUAUUGAUUAUCAUAUGAACAAAUUUGGCUACCGGAAGGCCAAUGUAAACUUUAUCCAGGGCUACAUGGAAAAAUUGGGUGAUGCAGGCCUGAAGGAUGAAAGCUAUGAUCUUGUAAUCUCCAAUUGUGUGGUGAAUCUCUCCCCUGAUAAAAGAGCUGUCCUGCGUGAGGCUUAUCGAGUGUUAAAGGCAGGCGGGGAAAUGUAUUUCAGUGACGUGUAUGCCAGCCAUGACCUCCCACAGGAGAUCAGGAAACAUAAGGUCUUGUGGGGUGAGUGCCUAGGGGGAGCCUUGUGGUGGAAGGAUCUCUACAAAAUUGCAGAGGAAGUUGGAUUUUGCUCACCUCGGUUGGUGACUGCAUCUCGAAUAACCAUUGCUAACAAGGAGCUGGAAAGUAUGGUGGGGGGCUGCCAGUUUGUUUCUGCUACUUUUCACCUCUUCAAGAUCGCCAAGGAUGGCUCAGCCCAGCAGUGUGAAGUUAUUUACACAGGAGGAAUCCCUGGGCAUGAGAAGGAACUAGAGCUUGAUGUUAACCACAAGUUCAAGCAAGGAGAAAUGGUGAAUGUGGAUGAGGAGACAGCUGCUGUUCUACAGAAUUCAAGGUUUUCUAGGAAAUUCCUCAUUCAUCCAGUGGAGCAGAAGAUGCCAACCUCAGAAGGCUGUAGUCCUGGGAAACCUAAGUUUUAUCCCUGUAGAACAUGUUACAUUGAGCAAACAGUGGUUGUACUAGCAGAGGUCUACAAAUGUGCAACCAAUGCAACAUGA